UACUCACUACAUUACAUCAAUGAUUUCGUUUUAGUCCGUUGCUUUCCGUUGCUGCUGCUACUUUGAUCUUGGCCUUCUUCAAAUAUUUCCACGUCAAUUUCUUAUUAGUUUAAUUUAAUAUUUUCAUACGACACAAUGGAGAACGAACAGGUCAUUACUGCCGCUUCCUCUCCUACUGAGGGGGAUCAAUGUCAAACCCCAAAACAGGCUCGCCAUAAGCGUGUCGCAAUUUUACAAGGGGCCGAAGGGGGAAAAUCUCCAGCCCUUCAAGUUCCAGCAUCACCAUUGUUGAAAAUGUUGGGAUAUGGGUCAGGUGUUGGAGUAUUUGUUCUUGAAAGAUCUCCAAAAACCUCAGGAGAGUUACGGUCACCUUGGGCAAUCAAAAAAGUACAAAAAUUAAGAAACACGUCUAAACAGCUCUUCUCGGAUAGGAUUGAAUUUGAGGCUGAUAUCCUGAAAACGCUCAUUCACCCCAAUAUCAUUGGAUAUCGGGGGUUCAGCAAGGUUGAUGGGAAACCGGUCCUGGCCAUGGAAAAAGCACCUCGAUCUCUCGGCGACAUUAUUGUAGAAAGGAUGGAGGAUCUGUCCAUCGUUGGUGGAGGUGAUGGUGAUGGUGACGACAACGAUUGCUUCGUUGACCCAUUUCCCCCUCAGCAAAUUCACAAGGUCGCUUUGGACAUUGCCAAAGCUAUGGAGUAUUUGCAUAAAGAAGCAAAAAUUAUUCAUGGCGACAUUAAAAGCGCCAACGUUUUGAUUUUCGAUAACUUUGCUGUGGCAAAAUUAUGUGACUUUGGUGUUUCCAGAAGAAUAAAUAACGAUGGAGAGGUGGAUGAAGGAUAUGCAGGAACAGAUAUGUGGAUGCCAAUGGAAGCUGUUUUACGGAAAAAUGGAGACAACAAAUGGCCAAUUACUAGCAAGUCCGACAUUUACCCAUUUGCCUUGACCAUUUACGAAAUGAUUUCUCUAAAACCUCCACACCUUCCCACCGUGGAAGACUCUUUCUUGGAUGAUAUGCAGACGGAUGCUGAUGAUUCAUUUUUUGACAACCUUCUUACGAAAUCUUUGGGAAAGCGCCCUGUACUUCCGGAUAUUGAGUUUGACGACUCUUACAACUUGAUUUUAGCAUUAUUUUACUGCUGCACAGAAGAAGAUCCAAAUUUGCGACCAGAUUCGACUGAUGUUGUCAAGCUACUUGCUAGUGACACUGCUUGAUUCAAUCUCAAAAUGUACAAGUAAAGUCAAUAAGGUUACUUAUUGAUCAUUUAUUAUUUAUUUUCAUUCACAUGUAUUGCUUAUUUGAUCUGUUUUGGAGAUGACACAAUAAAAAACCACAAUUGAUUUGUGAAAUAUAGCAGUGUA